CCUCCCUCCUUCCUCCCUCUCUCUUUUUCCGUCCUCGCCUUGCAAAGAACAAGCCGCCGCAGGGGAAGAAGCGACGCCGGCCAGGAUCGCCUCCUACGCCUUCUCCGGAGCGCGCUUGCCCCUCCGCCGACCCACCGGGCGACUCCUUGCUCUGCUUUCCCCCCCAUGCCUCCUCCGCCUUUCCAGCCAAGGGGGCCGCCGAGGAGAAGGGAGCCCCCCAAGUGAACGGCCCCGACGUCCGGCUGCCUUCCGAUGCCCAGCUCCCCAACGACCGCCCCAGCAUCCGUCUCUCUUUCUCUCUGGCCCGAGGCGAUGAACGCAGACUUGGACCGCCUGUCGGUGGGCUCGCGCGCCUCCAGCGCUUCUUCCUCGCCUUCCUUCGACGGAGCGGCCAAGGGGGCCGCAGGACAGGCCGGCUUCAGGAGCGGGGGCCCCGGACCCGGCAUCCGGCUGCUGUCGGCCAACGUGCGGAAGCUCCACGCGGCUCUCAACCUGCUGCUGAGCGAAGGCGAGCGGGAGCAGUUCAUCCAUUGCCUGAAUGUCUAUCACUGCCGGCGGAAUGUCUACGAUUUGGUGCAGACGCUCCAAGUUUUGCUGGACGGCCCGGAAAAGAGGCAGCUGCUGCCCAUGUUGCGCCUGGUCAUCCCGCGCUCGGACCAACUCCUCUUCGACCAGUACACCUCGGAGGGGCUCUACUUAAAGGGGGACUUCUUGGCCGCCGCCGGGGCAGGGUACGACGGGGCCGGGUCUAGCAGAGUCCUCCCUCCGGCCGGCGCGGCUUCCUCCGCCCGCUUUCCCUCUCCCACCCCGGCGGCUGCUCGUUGCUGGCCUCCCUCUUCCUCCUCCUCCUCCUCCGGCAAGCUUGGGCAAGAAUUCAGCACCACCGCGGAGGGGACAGCUCCCGGGGACUCGGCGGUUGGCUUGGAGGAGGUGCGAGGGGAGGUCAGGCAGGUGGCCCUCAAGAGGCAGAAAGCUCAAGAAGGAUUGGGGUUCAGCAUCCGAGGGGGCGCCGAGCACGGCGUGGGCAUCUACGUCUCCCUGGUGGAGCCGGGCUCCUUGGCGGAUAAAGAGGGCCUUCGCAUAGGGGACCGGAUCUUAAAGGUCAACGACAAGCCGCUGGACAAGGUGACCCAUGCCGAAGCUGUCAAGAUGUUAGGAUAUAAAUUGGAGUAG